UUCCUUGCCUUUGUUAUACAUUUUCAUUUCUUGUAUGUUCUAUAUUUAUCUUUUUGUAUAGAAUUAGUUUCAUGACGUUGAGUACUUAAACCUUAACCCUAUCCUUCCACUUGUGAAGCUGAAAGGUCUGGAACAAGUCCAAAUGUUCCUGACCCUAAAAAGUAGCUUGUCCUUUGAGAUCCAUCUUCUGUAACCAUUAAAAAUCCUACAAGCCUGCCCGAUAAUCAUCCCUCGAUGCGGCUCACAAACUGUAAGACUGAUAUGAAUGAACAUUGUUUUGAUAACAAGAGAUGAUACGAUUAAUAAUUUCGAUUUAAAAGGAUAAAAAUCUCUGCUGCCAACUAUCAGCAUUUCUUUCUUAAAAAUGCACAUUCUAAAUAUGGCUUCACUAUUUCCCUGGAUCCCUACAUAUUCUGCUGCAGUUACAUGAAAAGUGAACGGUGUCUUAUAACCAAGAAAAGACCUACAUAGUUGUGUGAAGAAGCCAACCAGACCACAUCCUUUUUUAGGUUGUGUCCUGAGGGAUGGACAUUAGUGGUUUCACUUUCCCCAAGUUUUGCCUUUCCUAGAAAACCUUAGCUCCAAAAACAGGAAAAUAAAAUGGCUAGCAAUCAACAAGUGCUCGACGAUGAAGCUCUCAGGCAGAAGAAGAUUGAGGAAUGGCUUCCUAUCACUUCCUCCAGGAAAGGGAAAUGGUGGUUCUCUGCCUUCCACAACGUCACUGCCAUGGUUGGUGCCGGUGUUCUCAGCCUGCCUUAUGCCAUGUCCGGGCUUGGAUGGGGUCCCGGAAUCACCAUAUUUGUCAUGUCUUGGAUCAUCACCUUAUAUACUCUCUGGCAAAUGGUUGAGAUGCAUGAAAUGGUUCCUGGAAAGCGGUUUGACAGAUAUCACGAGCUAGGUCAACAUGCUUUUGGUGAAAAGCUUGGGCUUUAUAUUGUUGUACCUCAGCAGCUUAUUGUGGAAGUUGGCACAUGCAUUGUUUACAUGGUCACUGGAGGAAAAUCAUUGAAGAAAAUCCAUGAAUCGCUGUGCUCUGACUGCAAACCAAUCAGGACGACUUACUGGAUCAUGGUUUUUGCCUCUGUUAACUUUUUCCUCUCACAUCUGCCAAGCUUGGACUCAAUUUCUUGCGUCUCCUUCUUUGCGGCUCUCAUGUCCUUGGGUUACUCCAUAAUCAUUUGGGGGGCUUCCCUUAAAAGGGGGGUUCAAGACAAUGUGGACUACAGUCCUAGAGGGAAAACCACAGCUGAUAGCGUUUUUAACUUCUUCAACUCGUUAGGUGAUGUAGCUUUUGCCUAUGCCGGUCACAAUGUGGUGUUGGAGAUCCAAGCAACCAUUACUUCGACUCCAGAGAGACCUUCCAAGGGACCUAUGUGGAAAGGAGUGGUAGUUGCAUACAUCAUCGUUGCCAUAUGCUAUUUCCCUGUGGCGAUGAUUGGAUUCUAUGUUUUUGGGAACACUGUCGAUGAUAACAUUCUCAUCACGCUGGAGAAACCCACCUGGCUUAUCUCAGCUGCAAACUUUUUUGUUAUUGUUCAUGUUGUUGGAGGAUACCAGAUAUACUCCAUGCCGGUGUUUGACAUGAUUGAAACUUACCUGGUGAAGGAGAAGAAGUUCCUGCCUUCUGCUGUGCUUCGUAUCGUUGUUCGUACUUCAUAUGUUAUUGCCACAAUGUUCAUUGGGAUGACCUUCCCUUUCUUUGGUGGGCUACUCGGGUUUUUUGGUGGAUUUGCUUUGGCUCCAACCUCAUACUACCAAUUCCUAUCUGCAGCUACCCUGCAUCAUUUGGCUCAUAGUCUACAAGCCUAAGAAAUUCAGCUUGUCUUGGUGGGCUAAUUGGUUCUGCAUAAUCACGGGCAUUGCUCUGACGAUCGUGGCACCCAUCGGAGCACUAAGGACGAUCAUCCUCGCGGUCAAAAGCUAUAAGUUCUACUCGUGAAGAGCUUGUUAAGAAUGAGAUGGGAUAGCAUCGUGGGCAGGCUGAUGGUCCAUCAUCCACGCCGAGAGUUCAGCACACAGACACAGCACUGCCUCUUGGAGUAGUUAUCAUCAGCCCGGAUGGAUGGAAUGAAUGAACUGCCUCUUGCAGUAUACAGAAGUGGAUUGGAACGAGUAUGUUUUCUUGUCUUGUCUUGAGACCAAGGAAACAUUUCAAACUGUAUUGUCUUGAAUAUCACUCGAUCACCAAAUGCAAUUUGAAAAGUGAGGAUCUUUGAAUUUAAUGACAACAUCAAAGCCUUUAAAAUUUUUGAAAUUUUGU